CCCGCCGCCGUUAACGGAAGCGCCUGGAGGCCGCGCCGUGGCGGUGGGCCCUGGGCUUUGCUGUCACUGCCCACAUGCACUGUUUCCCUACACACUCUCCGGGCGGCAUGUGGGGAGCGACCCCGGGGUGGGCGGCCGAUGCGAAACCCAGCUAUGGUAGUCAUUGGUUGUAUGGAAGACACCUGGCCUGCCACUUUUUUUUAAAGAAAUGCUCCAAAGAACAUCAGAAGAAUGUUUUCCAAAGACAGAAAGUUCAGUCGAAGAGAUGGAUACCUCUGAUACCCAGUGGGGAUGGUUUUAUUUGGCUGAGUGUGGUAAAUGGCACAUGUUUCAGACUGAUUCAAACAAUCAUUGCUCUGUCAGCAGUGAAGACAUUGAAAGGAGCUUCCGAACAAAUCCACGUGGUUCUGUUUCUUUUACUACCACAAAAUUUAACUACACACUAGACUUUUCAGUGAUGAAACAGACUAACCUAACUACCCUUAAGCAACGUCCAAUAAAGCGAGCUCCCUUUUCUAUCAGUGCUUUCAGUUUCAUCUGUGAAAAUGAGGCUAUUCCUAUGCCUUCACACUGGGAGAAUGUAAAUACGGAGGAGCCCUAUCAGCUUAUUCCAUUGCAAAAGAAAACAAAUGAAUAUGAUGAAGUUUCUAGUCUCUUUGGCAAAACAAUGGAUAGCCACCGAAUUAAAAGAAUUAAGAGAAUACAAAAUCUAGACCUCUGGGAGUUUUUUUGCAGGAAAAAAGCUCAACUAAAGAAGAAGAGAGGUGUCCCAACUAUUAAUGAACAGAUGUUAUUUCAUGGCACCAGUAAUGAAUUUGUAGAAGCAAUAUGCAUACACAACUUUGACUGGAGAAUAAAUGGGAUGCAUGCUGCUGUAUAUGGAAAAGGCACCUAUUUUGCAAGAGAUGCAUCCUAUUCCAGUCGUUUCUGCAAAGAGGACAUGAAACAUGGAGAUACUUUCCAAAUUCAUGGUGUGAAUCUGCAGCCUCAUCUGCACAGAUCAGAUAAAGUCAUGUUUCUUGCUCGUGUAUUAACUGGUGACUAUAUCAAUGGUGAUUCAAAAUAUAUGAGGCCUCCUUCAAAGGAUGGAAGUUUUGUGAACUUGUAUGACAGCUGUGUGGAUAAUACCUGGAACCCAAAGAUCUUCGUUAUCUUUGAUGCAAACCAAAUCUACCCUGAGUAUUUAAUAGAAUUUUGUUAACUUUGAAAGCAAUUGAACUGAGUCAUGUUUGUCUUUUUGAUACUUUUGUUCAUUUUGUAAAGACAAUAAUGCAGACACAUGAGGCGCGAGAGGUGUUUCUGAAGGAGGGAAGCUGUUAAAUGUUGAAGAGGUUGUCAAACAGGUUUUUAAAUCCGGAAACUUUACCAAUACGUUUUGCAAAUGCAGAGACUAGUACAGUUGUGAAAUGGCUUGGUCUUAUCUGGCCUUAAAUGUGCUGGGCAUGGGUAAGUUUUCCAAGGCAAGACUUAUGUUCUCUUUUUAUUAAUGCAUUGCAAGUAUUUGUGUGGUAGAAAGAUGCCUGUAAUAUAGUAUGCAUAUGAGGAAAUUAAUCUUUUAUAAAGAUUGUCUGUAGAACAUAACAAAAACAAUGGGGGAAAAAAGCAGGGGACGUGGCUACAUUCAUGUGUGUGUCCAUGUUUUGUAGUACAUGUUUCCCGUGGUUUAACCUCACCACACAGCUGCUCACUUUUUGUGUUACUAACUAUAGUGAAAAGGAGUGUAACUAAAAAUAAAAUCUGAGAAGUGA